AUGGAACACGCCGCCUGCCCACCAUGGGGCCGGGGGGCCGGCAUGCCGCUCAGUAGAAGAAUCCGAGCAGCUUGCCGCCCACCUUCUUUCGCCUGGCCUCCUCGUGGUCGAAGAUGCCCUGGGAGGUGGUCACCACAAAGAACCCGAACUGGCGGGAGGGGAGCAGGCGCCCCACCCAGUGCUCGAUGUCGCCGGCGGCAAAGUCAUACCGGGGGGAGAUCACGCCGCACUUGUUCAGGCGCCCGUUCAGCUCCACCACGAUCUUGCCGGAGCGGUGGUUGUCCACAAACUCGAACUCGCCAAUGUAGCCUGUCAGAGGAGUGGCAGGGGAUGAUUGGUAAUGUGCCCUGGAGGAAAGUGGCCAGGUGUGGCCUGCUGGGCUGGGCUGGGCUUGUCAGGAUGGAGUGCAUUAAGCCUGCGCCAGCCCUCCGCAGCGAUUGCGGAAUCUCACACUCUACCCAUCAUCAAUGCGUCCAGGACAGGCGUCGCGAGCGGACCCGGCUCGAGUACUCACCGUGCUUCUGCAUGACCUGCAGAAACUUGAUGACCACCUUGGAGGAAGGGCGGAUCAGCACCUGCUUCUUCCCCUUCUUCUCAGCAUUGUACAUGGAUUUCUGUGGGUUGCGAUGUAGUUGGGCGGCGUGA